UAGCAGACCCUGCCCUUCCUCCAAAGCAAAUAUACUUUCAGUUACUCACUUCUUUCAACCCCUUGAAACCCACAACCAAACAGAAAUGGAAGAAGCAUUCAGAAAGCUCAACGGCUUCACCCCCACGUCCCAACCCGACCCCAUUCCCGUCCCCUCCAAAAAGUCAACCGCCGCCGCCUCAACCACCACCAACAAGCGCACCCUCAAGGACGCCCCCGCCGGCUCUGCCUCCACAAUGCGAUACCGCGGCGUUCGGCGCCGCCCGUGGGGCCGGUACGCUGCGGAGAUCAGGGACCCGCACUCCAAGGAAAGACGGUGGCUCGGAACCUUCGACACCGCCGAGGAGGCUGCAUGUGCCUACGACUACGCCGCCCGAACCAUGCGCGGCGUCAAGGCCCGCACCAACUUCGUUUACCCCGCCACAACGCACGACCAUCUCGUUCCGGCAUUCACCUUCCACCACCCGAAGCAAUCUCAGCCGUCGUUUAAGAACCAGAGCAACGCUCGCGGCUACGGUCAGUACGUUCCCAACUGGCCACCGUUUGCGACGUAUCCAAAUGAUUUUUCCGGGUCUGGUUCCGACAGGAGUGGCACCACUACUAAUACUGCUAACAGUACUGCUGCUUCUUUGAACAUGCUUUUCUUGAGGAAUUUCAUCAAUAGUUCUUCUCCAUCCCAAAACUCUUCUUCGGUUGUCUCGCCAAACCCUCCUCACUCUCAAGCUCAGUGCUUUAGCCAAAACCAGUUUCAGUACACAAAUGGCUCUUCUUCACCUAAUUUCUCUUCUGGUGGUUGCAGUUCUUUUGUCAACAACAAUACCACUACCUCUGGUACUACGACUAGUCAUGGACGCUCAUCUUCAUCUUUGAUGAUGAAUAGUACUAGUAGUGGUUGUGCUACUCACCAUGAGCUUCCGGUCAUGGAGAGCUCAAAAAAAGCAACCACCACCGCUACUAGUUUUGUUGACUCGGACUUCUUUCCUGUAGAGUCAUCAGAUACCGGGUUGUUAGAGGAGGUGAUUCACCAGUUCUUCCCAAAGCCCUUUUCCAAGGAAUCCGACCCUCCGAAAUCUGUGGAGUAUUAUACUCCUACCUCCUUUAAUUCAACGUUGGAGGUAAAAGAAGAGCAGCAGCCACAUGUGUGUCCCGUUGAUUUUGAUUACCAGCAACAGCAGCAGCAGCAGCAUCAACAACACCAACAACUUGGAAGUGUCAAUGGAGUUCAGGAAGUGGCUGAGCAGACCGUACCGUUCUAUAAUGAUCUGCCAGUGAACUUCCAGAUGAACAGCGCAGAUCACUCAAUGGUGGUUAUGGAUCACAGCAUGUUCCAGCAGUACUACUAUCCUGAGUUUGUGGGUAGCUUGCAGAAUGCCUGAUCGAGAUCGUAUGCAACUACUUAAUUAAUUAUACUCUAGCAUAAGGCUUGCUUUUGAGGUAGAUAACGAUCGAUCACCUAGAGUUCGUAUGUAUGCUGCUUCAGUCUUCCGAUUAAGAAUGUUAACACUAGUAGUGAUCAUUUUAUUACGAGAGUAUUUAUUAUGAACUUUUAGUUUUUCUUGUAAUCUAGUGAUGGGCAAAAAGUUCGAAACUGUCUUGUCCAUAUUUAUUAGAAGAAUAUUAUCUGAUAUAUUAUAGAAAUUUCAAGUU